UCCUAACUCUACGUGAUACCCACCACAUUCCAUUGUCUUCGAGUAACACACUCUCACAUUUCCUUUGAGAGGCGCACCACUACUAGAGCUGAAUUGCUUAAUCUAUCAAGUCUACUGCUACAUCAUACACUUGAGCUAUUCAUUAUGGCAUCGAAUAACAUGAUCAACCCGGCCGUCGAUCCGAACAUCGAAGACGAGCUUUUCGCUCAAGAGGUUGAGGCUGUGAAGAGGUGGUGGAGUGAUUCAAGAUGGAGGUACACCAAGCGACCAUUCACAGCGGAACAGAUCGUCUCAAAACGCGGCACAUUGCAAGUUCAGUACCCUGGCAAUGCGCAGUCGAAAAAGUUAUGGGACAUCUUGGAAAACAGAUUCAAGAAUAGAGAUGCAAGCUACACUUAUGGCUGCUUAGAACCUACGGCGCUCACACAGAUGGCUAAGUAUCUGGAUACUGUCUAUGUUUCAGGCUGGCAGUCAUCAUCUACCGCCUCGUCGUCAGAUGAGCCGGGUCCUGACCUGGCUGACUACCCCUAUACCACCGUUCCCAACAAAGUAAGCCAUCUUUUCAUGGCUCAGCUAUUUCACGACCGCAAGCAACGUCAAGAGCGCCUCAGCGCACCCAAAUCUCUACGCUCAAAGCUCGCCAAUAUCGAUUAUCUCCGCCCCAUCGUUGCCGACGCCGAUACGGGACAUGGCGGUCUAACAGCUGUGAUGAAGCUCACAAAGCUCUUCAUCGAGAAAGGCGCAGCUGGUAUUCACAUCGAAGAUCAAGCCCCCGGCACGAAGAAGUGCGGACACAUGGCGGGUAAAGUCCUCGUACCCAUCAGCGAACACAUCAAUCGUCUCGUCGCGAUCCGCGCGCAGGCCGAUAUUAUGGGCACGGAUUUGCUAGCUAUCGCGCGUACCGACGCCGAGGCAGCAACGCUUAUCACCACAACGAUCGACCCGCGAGACCACGCAUUCAUCAUCGGCACCACGAAUCCUAACCUCCAACCUCUGAACGACCUUAUGAUCGCUGCCGAGCAGGCUGGCAAGAACGGCGAAGAACUACAAGCUAUUGAAGACGCGUGGCUGAAGCAGGCCAACUUGAAGCGUUUCGACGAGGCCGUUGUAGAUGCCAUCACGGCUUCACGGACUGUGGCCGGAGACAAGAAGGCGUUGAUCAAGCAAUACCUGGCGCAGGCCAAGGGCAAGAGCAAUUCCGAGGCUCGCGCCGUUGCCCACGGUAUCCUCGGUGAGGACGUCUACUUCAACUGGGACGCUCCGCGCGUACGCGAGGGUUACUACCGAUUAAAGGGUGGCUGCGACUGCGCCAUCAACCGCGCCGUCGCAUACGCACCGUACUGCGAUGCCAUCUGGAUGGAGAGCAAACUGCCCGACUACCAGCAAGCGAAAGAGUUUGCCGACGGAGUCCACGCCGUUUGGCCGGAGCAGAAGCUAGCAUAUAACCUCUCGCCCUCCUUCAACUGGAAGACGGCCAUGCCCCGAGCGGAACAGGAGACCUACAUCCGCCGGCUCGCAGCGUUGGGAUACUGCUGGCAAUUCAUUACGCUGGCAGGUCUGCACACAACGGCGCUGGCAGCUGACCGAUUCGCCCAGGCGUACGCAAAGAACGGCAUGCGUGCGUACGGCGAGCUCGUCCAGGAGCCGGAGAUGGAGGCCGGCGUCGACGUCGUCAAGCACCAGAAGUGGAGCGGCGCCACCUACGUCGACGAACUCCAGAAGAUGGUUACCGGCGGCAUCAGCUCAACGGCCGCCAUGGGCCAGGGCGUUACAGAGGACCAGUUCCAUUGAUGAAUUAGAUCAUUACGAAAAUUUUUGUUUCCGGAAAACUUUCGAGUUGGCAGUGUGGAUUUAAGUUGCUGGGUUGGUAAUCUGGAAAAGAAGAGCCACCAGUUUUUACCUUGCGUUGCAUAUAUACUUCC